AUGGACCAUGUUAGGAACUUCUACCAGAUGAUUCUUAAAUCAUCGCAUCCUGUCGCUAUGGGCUUACACCUUGCAGGAAAAUCUCUUCCAAUUGUGUUUUAUGUGGUGGGCUCAUGGUUCAUGUCCUUCACAGCUCAAUUCAUCACAGUCUUGUUACUACUGGCAGCAGACUUCUAUAUAACGAAGAACAUAACAGGUCGAAAACUUGUUCAAUUACGGUGGUGGUACGACUCAGUCAAUUCAGAAGAAGGCCCUUUGUCGUUUGAAUCCUAUAAACAGUAUGCCCCGGGUCCUCCCAUCAAUCCAAUCGAUUCGAAGCUUUUCUGGCUCUCGACAUACGCUGCACCAGUGGUAUGGAUCGUCUUUGGCAUAAUGUGCCUGCUUCAGGCUAAGGUUUUGUACCUCAUACUGAUUAUCAUGGCCGUGUGUCUUACUGGAUGGAAUGCACACGGAUUCAGAAAGUGCGAUCAGUGGGAUCCGUCGGCGCAAGGCGGUCAGUCCGACACUUGGCUCCAGUUUCCCAACAUUACGAGCUUUAGUAAUUUAGGAAACCUUGCCAGAGUUCAGAGCAUAUUCCGUUCAAACUAG